GGGUGAUCGACCUAUCGUAAAUACCCAGUCUCCGCCACAAACUUUUUACAAUCCGUCAUCUUCCUAAUACCUCCUUUUGAUCAUUAUAUAUUUUUUGCUCUCGGAAAAAAAGACCACCUCCGCUCGAGACAAAUCAGACAGAAUCAGAUUUCCCACUGCAGCUAUGUUUAGGCGCGAGAGACAGAUCGAGCCCGACAGGCUCUCCAUAAGACUGAGCAAAAUACUUCAACCUCUCACAGUGUUUCCUUGGGGAGCGCUUGCAAUGUGGUAUCUAGGCGUCCCCAUUGCCGUUGGAGCCCCCAUGAUUGUCGUGGAAGACGACGACUACACAGCCGCCAUGAAAAAGCUCGAGAGUGCAGGAUUCCACCGAAAUGUUCCCAAUCGCACCCCUCCUCCGGAAGUCAUGGAGGACCAUCCAAACCCACAGCAGAUGUUGGAGGAAAUAAAUGCUGGCUACAGCCGCUUGGAUCAGUCUUGUGCAGUGUUUAAUUAUCCACACGGUGAUUUAGCAGAAAAGAGUUUACAACUAUUUUUGUUUCCGAACUCCUUUGCGCAUGUUUCUCAAGAAGAUAUCUCCCGCCCUUUGAGCGAAAUAAAAGAUGCAGCGUCAACAAAACGAUAUAAAAUCCACGGCAAUCUUUGCUACCCACUGGAACAGGCGUUAGUGGAAAGCUUUGUGAAGGCUGCGAUUGAUGAAGAAAAAGAGACAGGGUUUUCUGCGUGGGGUGAAUCGCUGAGGUCCUGGAUAUCUCUGAUGACAGGAUACCUCGAGGUUGACAAUGAUGUUCUUGACCAUUGUCCGGAUAAACAGGCAGUGGAAUGGUAUAGUCACAACUUUGGUCGAAUCCAUGAAGCCGACUUCGGCCCCAUUGAUCGACGGAUUUCAAAACGUCUUGGCUCGGGCAGAGAUAUGCCGAUAGAUAUGAGGGGGAAUCCUAUUUGACAAUGACUUUCAUUCAGCUACAACUACAACUAUGUAGUGCGUGCUCGCCAGGGAACUAUCAAAACAAGGCAAUUCAUAUCAACUACCAGUAGUCUUUGAUUUGGGCUGAGGAGAAAGAGAGGAAAAUACAGGAACAAAAUAUUCCAUUAUGCGAAGUUAUC